CAAAAAAAACAGAACACAAAACUCAUUUCCUUCCCAUCUCUCUCUGUUUCCUCUGUUUUCUAUAUUUUUUAAGGUUACUUAUUUGUUUCAACAACAAUGAGCACAAACACAAACACAAACACAAAACAUAGUUACAAACUCUCUGUGAAAAAAGCUACAAGAAGAACAAGAAGAAGACAAUUAGAAGGAAAAUGCAAGUCUAAGAAGAAGCUUUCACAAAAGCUACAAGCACUUAAGAAUUUAAUUCCUUCUCAUAAUGGAGAUGAAGUUAAAACUGAUGAAUUGUUCAAGGAAACUGCUGAUUAUAUAGUUUUUCUAAGAACAAGGGUUUUGAUUCUUCAGAAGCUUAUUGAGAUUUAUGGAAACAACACUGAGAAUCAACAUGAUGUAUUGUUAUAGCUAGCUUCAAUCUACUUCAUGGUUCUUUUUUUACUUUUUAAUUUAUUUAAAUGUUUUAUUUAAUUUUCCUUUUAUUAAUGAAGAAAAAUGAGACAAGAUCUUUGUUCUA